AUGGCCGACUUCAAGCUCUCCGCCCAGCUGUCUGGCCACGACUCCGACGUCAAGGCCGUCAGCUUCCCAGCUUCCCAUACCAUCUUGUCUGCCUCGCGUGAUGGCAGUGUACGAGUCUGGCGUCAGACUUCCGAUUCUCCCCCCUCCUUCGAAGCUACCGUCUCAAGUCAGACCUCCGAAUUCGUCAACUCCGUCACAUAUCUUCCUCCUUCCGAAUCCUACCCGGAUGGCCUCAUCGCCUCUGGCGGCAAGGAUACCAUUGUCGAGAUCCGUCAACCACAGUCAAGUCCGGGCGAUCAUGCCGAGAGGCUGUUGAUUGGCCACUCCCAGAACGUCUGCAGUCUGGACGUCUCUCCCAAGGGGACAUACAUCGUGUCGGGUGGCUGGGACUCUCAGGCCAUUGUAUGGAGUACCAGCAAGUGGGAGCCUGAGAUUCGCCUCAGUGGUCACGAGAAGAGUGUCUGGUCUGUUCUUGCCCUGGACGAAGAGACAGUAGUCACCGGAUGCGCGGAUACAAGUAUCCGCAUAUACAACCUCCGCACUGCUGUCGCCGGUGACGCCGAACCCCGCUCUACCAUUUACACUCCCGAAGUCGUCCGCGCUCUAUGCAAAGUUCCCAAGGGCCACCCCAGUGGCGCUGAUAUCGCGAGCGCGAGCAACGAUGGCAUCAUCCGCCUGUGGAAGCUUAACGGCCAGCAGGUUGGCGAGCUCCACGGCCACGAGAGCUUCAUCUACGCCUUGACAAGCUUGCCUUCAGGUGAAUUAGUCAGCUCAGGCGAAGACCGUACCGUACGUGUAUGGAAGGGCAACGACUGCGUCCAGACCAUCACACAUCCUGCCAUCUCAGUAUGGACUGUGGCAGCGAACCCAGAGAACGGUGAUAUUGUGUCGGGAGCGAGUGACGGUGUUGCGCGUGUCUUUACCCGCAGCAACGAGCGGGCAGCAAGCGCCCAGGCUAUUUCUGACUUUGAGGAGUCUGUCAAGGCAUCCUCCAUUCCUCAACAACAGCUUCCGUCCAUCAACAAGGAGGAGCUGCCUGGCCCAGAGUUCCUCCAGACUAAGUCUGGCACCAAGGAGGGUCAGGUGCAGAUGAUUAACCAGGGCAAUGGCAACAUUACCGCUCACCAGUGGUCAGCAAGCCAACAGCAAUGGAUUAACAUUGGCACCGUCGUCGAUUCGGCUGGAAGCAGCGGCAAGAAAACGGAGUACAACGGCAAAUCCUACGACUACGUGUUCGACGUUGAUAUCGAGGACGGCAAGCCUCCCCUGAAGCUGCCCUACAACCUUUCUCAGAACCCCUACGAUGCCGCGACAAAAUUCCUGAACGACAACGAGCUCCCCAUCAGCUACCUAGAUAACGUGGCAAACUUCAUUACCCAAAAUACACAAGGCGCGACUCUUGGCCAGUCUGCGCCGGCCACUUCGGACCCGUACGGAACGGAAUCAAGAUACCGCCCCGGCGAGUCGGAGUUGAGGCCAAAGGUGCUGCCACAAGCCCACUAUUUGAACAUUACGGCCGGCAAGUACGAGGCCAUGAUCAACAAGAUCCUCGCCAUCAACGCGAAUAUGAUCUCCUCUGGCCGCAAGGACGCCGCUUUGAAUCCUUCCGAGCAGAACACUUUGAAGGCCGUUAAGGAGGCCAUCGAGAAUUCGAAGCCUGUCGAGCAGGCAGGUAUUGAUAUCGCCGUUAAGAUUGUGACUCUCUGGCCCUACUCAGAUCGCCUUGCUGGCCUGGACCUGCUGCGAUGCGUUGCCCCUUCGCCGUUUGCUGCCGAGUUUUCGGGAUCGGAGGGUUCAAUCCUUCAGGUCGCCAUUUCGAGUGCUUUGAACGCCCCUGACGGUGCCACGCCAAACGAGAAUUCGGUCAUGAUGGCCCUGCGUACUGUUGCUAACAUCUUCGGCUCCCCCAAGGGCGAAGCAUUAGCGGCGAAAGAGGCUGACACCGCCGCAUUACUUCUGGAGAGAGUACUCGGCUUAUCUGGCGGUGCAGCCAUUGGCCGGUUCAACCGCAACAUUCUAAUUGCAGCGACCACAAUCCUCGUCAACUACGCCGCCUAUGCGAACAAGGAACGGACGUCGGCCCAAUCGAAGCGUUUUAUUACCGCACUUGGAAAGAUACUUUCGGAGCAGACCGAUUCCGAGGUUAUCUACCGGGCACUUGUUGCAUUGGGAACAUUUGCUUCUGUGAGUAAGGCGGAGAUCAAGUCGCUCGGAGGUGAGGGCUGGAUCAAAUCCGCCGUGGACAAGGUGUCGGAGGUGCGUGUGAAGGAGGUGGGCAGGGAGGCUAUUCAGCAAUUGUGA